AGUGUCCGCGCUGGAGACAACAACAUCUACCUCCCUCUCUCUCUCUCUCUGUCUCACUGAUACUGAGCAGCUGUUCCAAAAAAUCAAGGGUAACGACCCCACACGGCGACCGGGAAAGAAGCUUUUGAAUAAAACAUCAGUAAAAGCCCAUUUCAGCUUGAUGGCCGAAGAGAACUUUCCCUCAGGAUGCUUUCUUCAGCCGUGAUGAAGAUGAAAUAUGCUGAACAAACCCAUGCCUGCUUGCUUGCUGCCUGAUCACUGCCUUCAUGCUCUUCUAAAUCUCUCAUAUGAGGUGAACUUUAACUCCAGAAAACGGAUGUAGACUAUUAUAAAUGAUCAUGUUAACUGAUAUAGUUCUGUAGGCAUUGAUCAUGUUCAUGAUCAAUCAUGAUCUAUGCUUUCAUCAUUCAUAACAGCAGCAUUUCUGAACUGAGUACAGUCAGAGCUGCACGGCAAGUCUCUGUGUUGUGUUCUUGCCUGUGGCAUUAGAUACUGAAUCCAAGUCAAGACAAGUCCCGAAUUUUGGAAAAUGACUUCCUCAGAUAAUGAUGAGACUGGAAGUGAUGUGUCCGUGUCCCUUGGGGCUGGUGAAUUCCAAAACCAGUAUGAGGACUCGGGAAGUUACUACAAAUCCAAAAGUUUGCCCGCUCUCAACGGUGGAUGCCCAGCAAGUGAUGAGCUUCUGGAUUCCAGGGCGGUCAGCAAGACCCAGAACACGAUACACGCCGACCAGCGCUCAGUCUUCAGCGAGUUCCAGCGAAAAAGUGACUCCAGCCAGUUGGACUCCCCAACUCGGACUGACUUUUCGCCCUCGGUGUCCAGUAUGAUGGGCCUUAGCAGCUCCCUGAGGCCUGAGACCAGCAGGGCAGGCGGAAAAAAGCUUGGCUUCUCCUUAGCAAGACUAAUGGACUUUCCAGUGAGGAAAUACGUCAGGAAGAUUCUCGCAGACUCGAGGAGUUUCCUCUUCUGCAUGUGCUACCUGACUUUCAUCCAGUCUCUGAUGGUCUCAGGUUACCUCAGCAGUGUGAUCACCACCAUAGAGAAAAGGUACAGCCUCAGGAGCUCCGAGUCUGGACUGCUGGUCAGCUGCUUUGACAUCGGAAGCCUUGUGGUGGUGGUGUUCAUCAGCUACUUUGGGGGCAGAGGCCAAAGGCCACGUUGGUUGGCCGUUGGAGGGGUGUUGAUAGCCGUGGGGGCUGCUUUGUUCUCCUUGCCACACUUUAUCUCACCUCCUUACCAGAUCCAGGAGGUGAACUCUUCGAGGGGGAACGAAGGCCUCUGCUCGACAGGUAAUGGCAGUGGCCGGGACACUUUGGACAUCUCGUCCUGCCCGCGGGACCAGGAGGGCAACGAACACUCGGUCUAUGUCACCCUUUUCAUCUGUGCCCAGAUUCUGGUGGGCAUGGGGUCCACUCCUAUCUACACGUUGGGGCCAACAUACCUGGAUGACAACGUGAAGAAGGAGAACGCCUCACUUUAUCUUGCUAUCAUGUACGUGAUGGGCGCUUUGGGUCCUGCAGCCGGAUAUCUGCUGGGCGGAGUCCUGAUUGGCUUUUAUGUGGACCCAAAAACCAUCGUCAACAUUGACCAGAGUGACCCUCGAUUUGUUGGUAACUGGUGGAGUGGCUUUCUGCUGUGUGCAAUUGCCAUGCUGCUGGUCAUCUUCCCCAUGUUCACAUUUCCCAAGAAACUGCCCCCUCGACACAAGAAGAAGAAGAAGAAAAAGAUUGGUACGGACGACACUUCCAGCGAUGAUGACGUUGUGAAGGAGAAAUCCAACAGCAAAGGCCAAACGGUCACCUCCUCCAUGGGCUUCGGGAAGGACAUCAAGGACCUUCCUAAGGCAGCUGUGAGGAUCCUCAGUAACAUGACUUUUCUGUUCGUGAGUCUGUCCUACACAGCCGAGAGUGCCAUCGUCACUGCCUUCAUCACCUUCAUCCCCAAAUUCAUCGAAUCACAGUUCGGCAUCCCUGCCUCCAACGCCAGCAUCUACACAGGUGUGAUCAUCGUGCCCAGUGCAGGUGUGGGCAUCGUGCUGGGAGGAUAUAUCAUAAAGAAGCUGAAGCUGGGGGCUCGUGAGUCAGCCAAGCUGGCGAUGAUCUGCAGCGGAGUGUCCCUGCUCUGCUUCUCCACGCUCUUCAUCGUGGGCUGCGAGAGCAUCAACCUGGGGGGCAUUAAUAUCCCCUACACCACAGGGCCGACUCUGACGCUGACCCACAGGAACCUGACGGGGAGUUGUAAUGUAAACUGUGGCUGUAAAAUCCACGAGUACGCGCCAGUCUGCGGCUCUGAUGGCAUCACCUACUUUAACCCCUGCCUGGCAGGAUGCAGCACGGUGGGAAACGACAGCACUGGGAUAAGAAACUACACAGACUGCGCGUGCGUCCAAAGCAGACAGGUCAUCACUCCUCCCACCGGCGGCCAAGGCAACCAACUGCAGCUGGUCAUUGUGAAGACGUACCUGAAUGAGAAUGGUUUUGCGUUGUCGGGAAAGUGUGAUCGCACCUGCAACACACUUAUCCCCUUCCUCAUCUUUCUCUUCAUCGUCACACUCAUCACUGCGUGUGCACAGCCCUCCGCCAUCAUCGUCACUCUCAGGUCAGUGGAGGAGCAGGAGAGGCCAUUCGCUUUAGGAAUGCAGUUUGUGCUGCUGAGAACUCUCGCCUACAUUCCAACACCCAUCUACUUUGGCGCAGUGAUCGACACCACCUGCAUGCUGUGGCAGCAGGACUGCGGCGUGCAUGGCUCGUGCUGGGAGUAUGACGUCACCUCCUUCCGCUUCGUCUACUUCGGCUUGGCCGCCAGCCUGAAGUUUGUGGGCUUUAUCUUCAUCUUCCUCACCUGGUACUCCAUCAAAUGCAAAGAGGAGCGUCUGGAACACUGGAGGCAGAACCUGCCGCCGCUGGGUACCAUUAGUGAGAUGGUGUGUCACGCUGGCGGUCACAAAAGCCACGCUCGCACUCGCUCCUGCCCCAUCUUCACACCGAAGCCCGAGAUGCUGGAGCCAUCUCAGCCCCCGCCACUCAGCCGUGGCCAGAGCAGCCAGAGCUGCCCAGGAAACGCUCUUAAAGCAAUAAUGCCCCCGGCUCCUUCUACCCCGCAGGACCUCCACGUACGUGUUUGAGGGCUGGCGUUGUAACAUGACAAAGGGGUAAAAAAUAUAUAUACAAUUAAAUAAAAUAAAUAAAUAAAAUAAAAUAAAAUAAAGCAGCCCAGGAAUGUGCCAGGCCAGGGUUUAUAGAGUGAGCUGGGGUGUGUAAGGGGUGUCUAGUGUUAGCAAUUCUCGGGGGUCAAGCAUUUCUAGCCUCGCCCCUGCCCCGACUCCAUGUGCCUUCCUGUCCUGUGUCCCUUUCCCAUACUGGACUAACUUGCCCCCCCCACUCAAAACGCAGCUUUUUCCAGCAGGCACCUGGCUGCAUCCAUUUUUGCUGGGGUUUUUUGUUUGUUUAUUUUUUUUUAAGUGACAUCAUCAGUGCAUAUAAUAAGUUAGCAAACCUACACUGACUUAUACAUUGUAUAAGACCUCACAUGGUGCUAAAUGAGGGUUGGGAGGGUCUUAUUGUAUCUCUUGUGUAUUAUGUAUUGAAUAUGACUACAAGUUGACUAUCAAAAAUGCACCACAAGCACAACUGGGAAACCUGUACUAUGCAAAAUUUGCCACUAUGCCCCUCUGUGUUUCAUGAAUUGUUACCAUGAAUCUCUUCAAACCAAUCAGUAUUCAGUAUUUCAAUCGAGUGAUGGACAUCUCUGUCACUCUUACUGUCUCUCUUAAUGUCACUGAUGUGAAAACGGUCCACAGUCAUUUUAGUAAUAAAGAGCUUCGGUGUGUUCCACUUGCCUACACUGGGCCAUGUGGGCACUUUCAGGAGCUGAGGGGAACUUUUUCUCUUGUCUAGACUUUCCCGCGCCAGUGCCCCUCUCUGAUUUUCAGUGCCUAAGGCUGCCCUUGAAAGCAGUGAUGCCUACCGGCCAACAUGGAGCAGCAGGAUCAGGUGGACAGCAGAAACACCAUUCCUCAUUAUUCAUCAGUCAUCAACCCCAGUGGUCAGUGGUGAAAUUCAGAUUGGGAUUUGAUCAAGUAUUGUAACACCAAGCAAGAAACAUGAAAAGAACAAAGCCAAAAAUAAAAAAUAAAAAUAAAUCAGGACAUUGACCCCUGAGCUCGGUGGAAUGCGCUGCUGAAUGAAAUGCCGGCAUGUCCCGGUCAGCAUGGGUGGACCUGUCUCUGCUUUUGCAGUGUGAUAACCUGAAGGAGCAUGGAUUGAUCUCAGCAGCCAUGACAGUUAUUCCUGUUGCCCCUCUUGCUGCUGGUAAUCAGCCUGAACAACGCCUCAAUGCUUUAAGCAACAGCAUUAUUAAACUGGCAGCAGUAUUUUCAUGCUAAAUUUAAAAAAAAUUAAAACUAUAUUAGGAUAUAUCAGGAGCAUGUGCUUCUGCUGUUGCAACAUUACUUCUUUCUAAGAUGUGUGGCCUAUAAAAUGAACAGCAAAAGAACAAGAGCAAAUUCUCAGCAGUUCUCUCAUCAUGCAUUCACUGGCAGGCAGAACUCAUCCAUAUAUCUGAUCAUUGUAAGAAGGCAAGUUGCCAGUUAGUUCAAAUGCCUCCAUACCUAGCCAACAUUCAUUAUAACAAAUGCUAGGAAGAAUACUAAACCUGUAUCCUCUGAUGCUGCAUCAUUUUGCAUGAUGUAGUGUAGUUCAAUAGGCAUUUUGGAUGGGUAGCACAGCAUGCAGGAAACGAGACCCAUCCAGAAACAAUGCAAAGCAGGCACAUAAUAAGUUUAAUCCUUUUCCAGUAGCUGUGUCUAUAUAUAAACACUCUUCUAAAACUUACAAUUUAUGAAUUGAGAAUUUGGCCAGUUAGAACAUACACUGUAUUAGUGCUGUAAGUCACGUCAUUGAUUAUAUACAAAUAUACAAACUGUUAUAAACCCAUUUUUCUAUGUUUGACUAUAUACACUAUUCUGGGAAGGCUGAAAGUGUCUGGUUACAGUGUUACAAUAUGAACUACAAUAUGGGGAAUUUCAUAUUUUUCCAUCUUCAAUUUCUACAUGUAAACAGAGUCAUUCUGAGUGGUUUUGGCGUGAAGAUUUGCUGAAGAGAAACUUGGCUAGAUAAAACACACAGAUAUAUAUUGUAUUGACUUACUAAAACAAUGAGGGAACCUGCACUAGUAUUAUGAAUUUUAUAUUUAAAGUUGAUGAUGGCAAAAUAGUCAUGAAUCUGCAAAAUAGUUAUGCAAUACCACUUUAUAUUAAUCAUGCAUUAAUGAACAUGUUAUAUGGCUUAAACAUUUUUUAUUGCCCAGCUUAAGGCAUAUAUAACUUUCUCAUAAGUAAUUAAAGCAAUUUAGGGAAGACCUUUAUAAACACCUUUAUAUUACACCAUGCCAUUAUAUAAUAAACAUUUUAUUAGUAUAAUACAUUUAAUGAAGUCAUAUAAUCCUGCUUUAUAAGAUGGUCCCAAAAUUCAUGGGAUAGUAUUAUUUCAAUAAAUCACCAAAUGUUACCUGAAAAAAAUAGCUUGGGAAUGCAUACAUAAUGCCUUCGUAGGCAGUGAGGUGUUCUCUUGUGAGGGAAGAUGGGCAGCACUGGGCAAUGUGCUCAUGAGUUUGAGUGAGACCUGAUAGUGGGUGUUAGAUGGAUGGCACAUUUCCAUUUGUGUAGUUCCGCAGUGUUUAACAUUUAACAUUCCUCCACCCACAGUGUUACUACAAGUAGUACAUCAUAGAAGAAGACAGUGCAGUGGGUGGUGAUGAUCGUGACUUGUGGCGUAUGGCUAGAAUUGUUUGUGAAUUGUUGCAGAUAUCUCUUGUUUUUUAUGCCAAAUUCUUCUAAAAACAAAUUAAUAAUCUUUUUAUUUAUUACUGUUAUACGAGUGAUCUGUUCUGGCUCACUUCAGUAAGGUUCAGUAAGAUUUUCUAAAACACCAAACUCACUUUAAAUGACCUUAACAUUGUAAUAAUUGGAGAACUUUGGAAAAAUUUGAAAAAAUGUGGAAUUACCCCUUAAGUCAUGGAAAACAGAACUAUCUGACCUUGUUGCUUGUUCUUAUUUGUAGCUGUAACUGUAUAAAGAUAACUACAAGUAGCUAGAAGCUUUUAGACUAACCCAUGUAUUAAACAUAGACAACCCACGAAAUGUGUUGAGCAAGAAUACAAAGAGUAGAUUGUUUUCUGUGCCUGACUUACCUAAAGUACCUACAGUAUAAAUGACGUGUUGGCUUUAAUUCACGUGGGUUUCCUUUUGAAUUGAGGUUAUUUGGGGGGUGAGGGGUGGGUGGAUGGGG